AGUUCCUGGCCGCGUCCGUGGUCCUGAAGCGGGAGGAGGCGACUGUGCCGGGCUCGGCUCGGCUCCGCGCUGGAGCGGCCGGCGUAGCCGUCCCGGGCCGGGGGAUGGCGAGCCCCCCUGGGCAGGAGCCGCCGGGCAGCCCCUCGGCCGGCCUCAACCUCAACAACAACAACAACCACCCGCAGCCGCCGGAGCAGCAGCCGCCGCCGGCGCCGUCGGACGUGCGCAAGUGCGGCUACCUGCGCAAACACAAGCACGGCCACAAGCGCUUCUUCGUGCUGCGGGCGGGCGGCGGCGGCGGGGAGGAGGCGUCGUCGGCGCCGCCGCAGCCCGCCCGGCUGGAGUACUACGAGAGCGAGAAGAAGUGGCGGAGCAAGGCGGCGGCGCCCAAGCGGGCCAUCGCGCUAGACGCCUGCCUCAACAUCCACAAGCGGGCCGACGCCAAGCACAAGCACCUCAUCGCGCUCUACACGCCCGACGAGUACUUCGCGCUGGCGGCCGAGAGCGAGCCCGAGCAGGACGCCUGGUUCCGGGCGCUGACCGAGCUGCUGCGCGACAGCCAGGCCGCCCCGGGGGGCGCCUCGCCGCCGGCCGCCGAGGACGCGGGCUACGGGCCGGCCGCGCCGGCGCCCGCCUACCGCGAGGUGUGGCAGGUGACGCUGAAGGCCAAGGGCCUGGGCCAGAGCCGCAACCUGACGGGCGUGCACCGGCUGUGCCUGGCGGCGCGCACGGUGGGGCUGGUGCGCCUCAACUGCCCGCGGCCCGCCGUGACGCUGCAGCUCAUGAACAUCCGCCGCUGCGGCCACUCGGACAGCUUCUUCUUCAUGGAGCUCGGCCGCUCGGCCGCCACCGGGCCCGGCGAGCUGUGGAUGCAGGCCGACGACGCCGUGGUGGCGCAGAACAUCCACGAGACCAUCCUGGAGGCCAUGCGGGCCCUGCGCGAGCUGGCCGAGUUCCGCCCGCGCAGCAAGAGCCAGUCCUCGUCGUCGUCGUCCUCCUCGGGCGGCGCCGCCGUCGCCGUCGCCGCCUCGGCCGCGGGCAGCCGGCCCAUCUCGGUGCCCGGGCGGCGCCACCACCCCCCGGCCCUGGGCGCGCUGCCGCCCAGCCAGACCGGCCUCCUCCGCCGCUCGCGCACCGACACCCUGGCCCGGGCGCGGACGGCCAGCGAGGGCGACGGCGGCCGGGGUGGCUCGCUGGCCGGCAGCCCCCUCAGCCCGGACGCCGGGAGGCCCCACUCGCUGGCCGCCGCGGGCAGGCCGGCCCGCUCGCUGGCCCUGGGCCACUCGGCCUCCGUGCUGGCCAAGCUGGCCUCCGAGGCCGGCCUGCUCGCCAAGCGGCCCUCCAGCGCCUCCGGCUCUCCCGGCGACCCUGCCGCUUUCAUGGCCUUCGAGGACUUGAGCUCCAGCCCCGGGGGGGAUCCGCGGCCCUUCUCCUCCUCCUCCACGGUCAGCAACCCCAGCAACACCCCCGAGACGCCCCCGGGGCAGCAGCUGGAUGGCUACAUGGCGAUGGAGCGGGGCCCGCUCGGCCUGUACCUGUGGGAGAGCGCCCAAGCGGACAAAGCACCCAGGAAGCGCACCUACUCCCUGACCACGCCGGCACACCAGCGCCCCUUGCCCCUUCCGCUUUCCUCCGCCUCCCUGGAUGAGUACACGCUCAUGCGGGCCACCGUCCCUGCAGCGGGGGCUUCUUCGAGGACAACCUACGCCCCUUAUCCAGAGGACUACUGCGACUUGGAAAUUGGCUCGGGGGGCACCAGCAGUAGUGACAGCUCCCAUCUGGGGCGCAGCGGUGGCGGGGAGGAGGGCUACAUGCCCAUGAGUCCAGGGGUGGCGUCUGCCUCACCAGGGCAGGCUUCUUCGAAUGCCUACAUGCCUAUGAGCCCCACCAGCGUGUCAGCCCCACAGCAGAUCUUGCGGCCUCGCCCCUGCAAGACCAGUAGUGAGAGUUCUCCCGAUGACAGUGGCUACAUGCGCAUGUGGGGUGCUGGCAGCCGGCUGUCUGGGGAGAGCCCUGACGGCAGGCUGGUCAAUGGCGACUAUAUCAACAUGUCUCCCUUGCUGGUGCCUCCUCUUCAUGGACUUUCUUCCACCUCUUCUGCCUCGCCCCUGCCUUCGCCUGAGGGCUUCGGUGCUCUGGGACCCGGAGUCCGAUCCAGCUGCUUGUGCGGUCCUUUGGCCCAUGCUUGCCGGGGUCGGCCCAAUGCUCUGGGUGAUGAGAAGGACGGUGACUAUUACGUGCAUAUGAACUCGCUAGCGGGGAAGCCGAUCCAUGCCCCCAAAGGGGAGCCUUUCCCCCCCACUUGCCACCACAGGGUGAUGCCUUCUCCCAUGCGCCACAGCCAGACAGAGAGCGCUCUCAGCCGGCAGGCAGGGUUGCCUGGUGGUGGUGUGCGGCCCAGUCGCCUUUCCUUGGGGACAUUGGUGCCCGGUAGGAACGAGGAACCCCUUCCACGUAAACUCCAAAGCUCCAGUGGGGAAUAUGUCAGCCUGGGCUACCCGCUGGUGCCAGCCUGUGGCAUUUCCUCGCUUGGCCCUGGUGUGGGUGAGCGUCCUGAUUCCCCUCUUUCCAACUACAUGAACCUCAACUUUAAUGGGUCGCAACUGGGCACUGCCUCAGUGGGAUCCAUGGAUGAAGUCCUGUUACCAGGCUCCUGCCCCAGCCCCGGGCAGACAGAUGAGCAUUACCUAAAGAUGGGGAUGGGGGUGGCUUGCCUUUCUAGCCCGUCUUCUGAGGUGGGGGACUACGCUGAGAUGGCUUUUUCAACAGCAACCACCCCGCCUCAGCCCAUUUCCCACAAGCUGGAGAGCCCUCGUGUCACCAGCCCCGUGGCUGGCUUGAAACGACUUACGAUCUCGGGAGUGGAAGCCUUUCUCUUUGCCAACCCUCCUCCCGAUCCCAACCACGGAGCCAAAGUCAUCCGGGUGGAUCCUCAGGGGCGCCGGAGGCACAGUUCGGAGACGUUCUCUUCCACGACAACCGUGACCCCCGUUUCUCCUUCCUUUGCACACGUCCCCAAGCGGCUCAACUCUGCUUCUGUGGAGAACGUGUCCCUCAGGAAAAAUGAAGGCUUGGCGGAGGAGCAGAACAGCAGCCCGAUGUGCCGGGAGACCUCGGCAGGCUUCCAAAAUGGCCUGAACUACAUCGCCGUGGAUGUGGAGGGAGACCCUCUGGCAAAUGGCGACCCAGGCAAGGCCAAAGCAAGGCAACCCCUCAAUGGCACUUACGCUAGCAUGGACUUCCAGGCCCACGGUGUGAAAGAAGCGGCUUCCGUGAAAGUUUGUUAGAAUUGUUGCCAUGUUGAUCCCAGAGAACAAGAGACCCAGUCGAAUGAAAAACAAAACAAAAACAAUUUUACCACCAUGCCCUAGAUGUCCGACGUUUAAAAAAAAAAGCUGCUUGGUAGAAUUUUUUUAAAAUGAUUUUCAAUCGGAAGCUGCUUUACGGUCCCUUUUACUCUAUUUGAUGUCGCUUUAUAUUGUCGGGAAAGCAGCCUGUCUCAAUUCCCUGGGAUGCAUUGCAAAACUCUGCUGCUAUUUGCAUAAACUGUGCUUAAGAUAAUACCCUUUAGGACUUGGAACCUCUUCAGCGAGCUGUUUUGUUAUACACGUGGCCAUUCACCUUGUCAACACAGAUGAACUGUAUUUAUUGAUCAGUAUGUUAGGAGAUUCAACUAUUCACCUGCUCCAGCACUCAAAUCUGGUGAUUACUGGCAUUCUUUCAAAUCUACUACAGCACUACCUCAGUUAAAAAGCGAAACUGGAUUUGUAUUGCUGGUGUACCAUUGCUGGGAUCUCUCCUUUUAUCUCUGUGCUGAGUGUGGAACAGUCUAUCUGCCUUAUUUAAUACAGUCAAAGAGUCCUGCUGCUUGCUGGUUUGAGUGGUUCUCACUCCCUGGCCGCUGUGUUUACUUAUCAGGCAAAGCCCAGAGUGGGAGCUGGAAAGGUUAAGCCAAGAUGAAACUUGUUAGAUUAGACUUUUAUCAAGAUAUUUAUAAUAAUAAAUUAACUAAUGGAAACAACAGAGCUUAAUAUCAUUAAACUGUAUUUGGUUGUUGUUCUUUACCUCUGACACAUUUGUAUAAUCAUCUCUGUCUAAGCUUUUUAAGUACUUCACAUUGCAAAGACCUUUCCCCCCCUAUUUCUGUGCUUACGUUCAUCAGUGGACCCUGAUUUUAGCUGCAUUUUUAAUAACCAAAAAAACAUUCCCAUACACUGACAUGCUAGAAAUGCAAGGGUACAAUGGGUGGUGAACAGAUUGAAAACACGGUUUUGAACACAAUAUCGUCUGUGCAAUCCUAUGCAGAGUUACUCCAAGCUAAGUCAAUUGAUUUCAUUGGGCUUAGACAGGAGUAGCUCUGUAUAGGAUUGCACUUUGGGUCACUCCGUCAGGUCUAUUAAUGCCCUCGUGCUAGGAAUGAAAUGUUCCUGAAAAAGAGAGAGAAUGAAAUUUGAAAGGGGAAAGAGGCAAAAUCUCCACCCAUUCUUCUAAUAGUUCUUGGCAGGUACAGACUCAGUAUUUUGGUAGGAAGAGGGUCAUGGCUGCUGUUUUCACAGAUGUGAUGCUUGGAGGUUGUUUCAGCCUUGUGUUGCUCUUUGUCUAUAUUUGAUUGACUAAACAGACUUUUGGAAAUGUAAAACUGUUUCCAGGGUGCCUCCCCUGAGCCUUGUACGACAGACGUAGUCUGUGAGCAUGUGUAACUUCAUGUCAAAGUGUUUGUGUUAAGUAUAUACAGAUGGUUUCAUUCAAUUUAAAAACCUCUGUAGUUGAAUAUUCACGGCAUCACACACUGGCGGACUGAGCCAUCAAGAUGGCUGACAUGGCUUGAGAAACAAACCUCAUUAUCUCGGUUACCUGUUGAACCAAUAUGGUUGUGUAAGUUAUUUAAAUACACUCUGUGGUGAUUUGUGAUUAAAAUCCCCCCCUCCCUUUCUGUAGGUGAAAAACUAGGUGGGGACUGUAAACAUGUUUUUAGUAGCAUGAGGGUUAAAAACCAUAGCUCUGCAAGUACCAAGACAUUCCUUGCUCCUUGGUUUUCUAAAGAGUCACUAAAUUAGAUAUUCUUGUGGAAUUAUUGGUGCUGAUGUGAAAGUAUGAAAAGGCAAGGAAGUAGGCAGGCUGCUUUGGACAGAUACAUUUUAGUAAGUGCAAUCUAUUCUCCUGAAGGUGUGCAUGAGUGCGCACACACAUACAAAAGUAUCUGGAGGUAGUCUCGAGGCAAGGCCCAAUACAGUAAAUACGGUGCAGAUAUAAGAAGUCUAGUAUCACCUCUCUUCUUGGCACCAAUGGUGUGCAGACCCAAGUAUCUCUUUAUCAGAUUCUUACUGUGUAUUCUGAACUGGAUUUACCAAGGAACAGUGUCUGGCAGUGUCUGGCAGACACUGUAGUAUGCUGUGUAACAAAAUCCUUUUGCACAAUCCUUGACGGGCUGUAACUUCUUGUUUACACGGCAUUCCGUUAACUCCUCUUUAGUGCAGAUGUGUGACAACAGCUUCUUUAUUAGAAUGUUUCAAACACUGGUACUUGUCUCUGACUUCAUAGUGUGUUAGUGAAAUCCCCUGGAGCCCUUGCCCCUAAUAAUAAUUUUAAUAGAUUCUUCAAUAUGUGUGUUAAACACCGGGUGAACUUCGUUGUCAUCACACUUCCGGUAUUUUCAUAGUAGCUUUGCAUUGAAGGCCUCAGUGAGAUACUUGCACGUUUUGAGAUUUCCAAUCUUGAACAGCUUUUAGCUCCCUCAAUUCCAGCCAACAAGCCACAACACUCAACAGUCUUUCGUGUACUGAUGCCGCAUUUGGAACAUGGCCUUGAUUUCUGAUCCUAGUAUGUCAAAGUGCUCCAUUAGUCCUGAGAGACUGAAUUCGUCUAUUGUGGCCAAAAGCUAUCAACAUGUCACAGAUGGUACAUGAGUGAAACUACUCUUGUAGAUCUUUCACUACCUUUUAAAAUGACUUGCUGUGUAGAUGGUUUUCACAGAAAACUUGACAUGGGAACACUCGUACUAAUUUAUUGCUUUUACAAAACCUCUCCUUGCUCUAUUGCAGACGGUUACUGGUACGUUGUUUUAUUAUUCCGAACUAAAUUGUCUUUUUCUUGUAAGCGGCUGUGUGAUUAAACCUGUUCCCCUUCUACAUGGUUUUGACCGAAAAGCAAUAUAUCAGGAAGUAUUUGUCUAGUUUAUUGAAUCUUGAAAUUCCUUGUUUGAAAAUUGAGAAACCAAGGGGAGAGCGGCUGUAAAAAUAUAAUUAAAAUCCAGUGUUUUAGCCUACAAAAGGGGGGGGGAUUAUUUUCAGCAGCUGACAAUGUAAUUUUGUAGCUUGUGUAAACAUUUCUUCAAUGAGAGCUUACCCAACCAAGUCUGUCUUGUGUAGGAUGAGAUAAUGAAGGUGGUUCUUUAUGCAGGGGCAACAGCCUUGAUGGCGCUUUCCCAGCUUUGAGCCACACCAGAGAGUGUGAUGCUCUUGGCUCUCAGCUACAGAUUUUUCUGAACCUAAUGAAACCAACCAGAUAUGAUUAUCCCCAACAUUUGCCAUGUAAUGAGCUUUUCUGUGUUCCCAUAUUAUGAAGGUACGCUACAUGUUUGCUUUUCUCGAAAGCUCUCUAUGCGAAGGAAUGAACUUUUAUGUCAUUGGAAACAAAGCAUUAUCUCUUCAUUCUGAUGGAGACGAACGGAGCCAGAGUGUCUUAAUGCUCAAGCCGAAUGCAAUGCAAAGUCUUCCUGCUUCCUUGCUGAAUCUUAGAACAGAAGAUUGUAUUACAAGACAAACCUGAAUGUAAUUCCCACCCACUUAGUGUUCCUUUUGAGGGCAUUGGGGGGGAGGGUGAUCUUACAAUGCAUAUGCUGGUGAAAAAGUAACUGAUAUGUAAAUAUCAAUCUUACCUGUUCUGUUAAGCAGCCCACCUUCCUGCCGGCACGGCUAUAAUGAAGAUAAUUGCAUACGAUGUCCCCAGCUAAUGGGGACACUGAAUGCGGUACGUGCGGAAACCAAAAUUUUAACUUCUUUCUGGUGGGGCUUCUGGUAUUUCUUGAUGCCACAGCAAGUCGGCAGCAUCUUAAAGGAACUUGAAUCUAUAGCAAGUUCUUGUCUAUACUGUACAUUUCACGAAAGGCAUAUGCAAAUAUUUACAUUCUUAAUUUAGUUUACAAUAUGGAACCAAAAUGUAUAAACAUUAAGUUUGAUAAAACUUUGCAAUGUAUAUUUGGGGUCUUUGUAUAUUUUGCUUGAUUUUUCUCCCUUAAAUUUUAAAAUAUUUUUGGCUAUGUAACAGAAACAGUUAGUGAAUAAGCAGUGUUUUCUUUUUGAAUACAUAAUUAUUUCUGAAUAUCAAGAUAUUAAAUAUAUUUCUUGCUAUUGUGAUAUGACAAGAGACUUAUCUUGCUGUGUCUUCCAAUGUACACGCUGUAUAUAGGAGUGAUCGGUGAUCGUGCUGGGAUGAGAAUACUUGGAACUAGAGUAGCGUCAUGUAUUUAGUCUGUAUCGAUCCUGGCUGCUCUCCUUAAUAGCCAUAUGCAAUAAAAUGUUAUUUAUUAAAGGAAUAAAAACUUU